UUUCUUGUUUGAAACCCAGCCCAACUCCAUGGCUCAAGGUGGCCUCGUUUGCCUACAAAGACAAGAGUACCCCUCUCCGUCGCACUCCUUAACCCUCUCCAGCCAGAGUUGUAGUGAACUCUUUGUCUCUCUGGUCUCUUCAAUGGCUUCUUCGUCUUCUUCUGCGGUUUCGGAACGAAGGGGUAUUCCCGGAGCUUCAUUCGUGGAAGAUGUUCAUACGUAUCUGACACAAUCAGGCUUGGAUGCAAACUCUGCCCUCGCGUUCCUUCAAGAGAGGCUUCAGCAGUACAAAUUGGUCGAGAUGAAGCUUCUUGCUCAGCAGAGGGAUCUUCAGGCAAAGAUACCAGACAUUGAGAAAUGCUUAGACAUAGUUGCCACAUUACAAGCUCAGAAGGGUACUGGUGAGGCAUUGAUCACUGAUUUUGAAGUAUCAGAGGGCAUAUAUUCACGGGCACGUAUCGAGGAUACUGAUUCUGUUUGUCUAUGGCUGGGAGCAAAUGUCAUGUUGGAGUAUUCAUGCGAAGAGGCUGUUGCUCUUCUACAAAAGAAUCUAGAAAAUGCUAGAGCUAGUUUAGAAGUCCUUGUUGGUGAUCUACAAUUUGUGAGAGAUCAAGUGACAAUAACCCAGGUCACAAUUGCUCGUGUGUAUAAUUGGGAUGUUCAUCAGCGCAGAAGUAGACAAGCUGCUUCCCCCAAGGAGUCUUGAAACUUCUCAUUUUCCUAGAUUGUUACCCUUGCAUUUAGGGCUGGCUUUGCCAAGCCAAAAGUUUGUUGUUCCAUCUCUGCUGUCUACCCCUUCUAUGAAGGUGAUUGAAAUGUUUAUCAAAUGGGGUCUAAGGCUUUUCUUUUCUUUUUUUUUUUUCUUGGGUGGGGGUGGGGAAGGGGGAGGGUUUGUUGCAAAAGAAGCGGAUAAUUGGGCUCUGGCUUGUGUUGUUUUCUGGUCUCAAGUUCUUUUUAACUGGAUAGAUCUAUUGUGACAUAAAACUGGUUUUGAAAUAUUAGGUUGUGCUUGAACUGAAUUACAUUGUACCAUUAACUGCCAAAAUUUAGUUUUAGUGGAAAGGUAAUUAAUUAGUGGA